GGUGCCGCGGCGGAGGAGGGCGGCCGUGCCUGUGUUGGGUGGGCGCCUGCUGGACCCGUCCCGCCCUCCUGCUUCUUGGCGCCGGCCGACCCCACGUCGUUCCUGGGGCCCGAGGUCCCGGCUGCAGUCCGAGAGGACGUGGUGUGGGGGCCGAGGGGACGCUCUGCGCGCGUGUGGAGGCUCUGUGGCCGCGACAGCCACGGCCCGGAGCUGUUCACCGGGGCCGGGGGCGUGCACGCACAACGCGCCGUUGGUUCUAGUUUUUGUUCUGACUGGCCUUCGCCCCUAAGGGAAGUUUUCGCUAGGUGGUACCCUGAGCAGUGUGGGAAGAAUGUGUAGGAAUACUCGCUUCUGGCUCACAUUUGCAAGUCAGAAUUACAUUGGACAUUUUUAGGCCAUUUUGAUAACGCAAAACUAAAUCACAAGGGUCUCAUUAACUGACCGUAGAUCGGAUUCAGUGGGGUUGCCUCAAAAUAAGGAUUUUACUUAGAUUCCUGUCUCAGUCAUCUGUCAGUUUUAGCACUAGCUGCUACUUUCUGAGUACUAUGUGCUAGGUGCUUUUCAAGUAUUAUCUCUAAUUACUGCAACCAGAGAAGGUGAUAAUAUUUUGCACCGUUUUACAGUUAAAAGCCUCAGGUAUGUUAAGUAACGUUUUCAAGGCAAGAGGUAAAGAGUCUGAGGAAGGAUUCAAACUCAGAUCAUUCUAGCUCUCAAGCACAGGCCGUUUGCACUACCCCAUGCUGCUCUGGACAAGACACUGAAGUAUCAAAAAUGGCGUGGGAGGUGCACACACAUGCACACAGACAUGCAGGGUUUCUGGCUUCUAGGGGGGGACAGGCAUGUUCCUGAGUGUAAUACACAGGAUGAUGUAUUUAUUGUCAUGAAUGACAAUCAGAGCUUUGUAACAUCUAAUGUUUGUUGAUUUGAGGUUGGAUUUUAUUGUCUAACAGAGUAUGGGCUUAAAAGUUAACCUAGAAGCCAACUUGCAGAAUUGUAUGUGUGUUGGUAGGGGUAGAAUAUAGCCAUUCCUCAAAUCUGAAGGUCUUGGAGACUUGGAGGGGUGUAUUACAGCUCAGGGUAGGAGGAGCCAAUCAUUCAUGUAACUUAUUUUUCAUUCAUUGUGUGCCAGGGUCUAUGCUGUGUCCUGGGGAUACAACGUUGUAUAAGACAUGGUCUCUGUGCUCUAAGAUCUUACUGUUUGGUUGAGUCUGAGGGACAACUGUGUUGAUCCAGUGUCUACAACCAAAAGAGACCCUUUUUACAACUUCAGGUGCCAAAUCCAGGGCCCACUAUGCUAGUGGAGUAGAUGGGCUUUUGUGCAGAAAUAUCAAUUCUGCCUGUCACCUGUCACUCCAGAACUACAGCUCAUUCUUUUAGAGUUCGAAUCCUUUUUAAAAAUGCAAGGAGUCCCUUUUGAUGUGAAUGUGACCUUUUAGAGUUCUAUUUCUGUGUUAGUCCAGAGACAAACCACACUAGUUUUUGCACUAAGAUAAUUUGAUUUAAAGAGUUAACUAGGUAAAAAUUGUUAACUAGUUAUCUGAAAGGAUAAAAAGAGAUCUCUGCAAGUAGUAGUGUGGACACGGCAGCUGCGGGAAGCAGUCACUCCCCCUAGGACUGAGGGAGCUAAGGGAAGUGGUCAGAAUUUUAAAGCUUAGAAACUUAGAGGAGGGCCCCUGCAUGGCUGAAACUCAGGGGUCUAAGGAGGAAACUGUGCUGCCCAGCUACGUGUAAGGGCCUGGCAAGUCUGGGAAGCAGAGUUCUGAAGGGAAGGCACUGAUGCAUGGUGUCAUGUCUGUGGUGGGCAUUCGGUGGUAAAGCUGGGCCUACAGGUGUCAGGAAGACUGCAGACUGAGUUCAGCUGCCGCUGCAGGGCAGUGCUCAAAGGAAUAGGAAGCGCACAGGAAGCCCCAGGCUGCAGGCGGUGGCAGGAGCAAGUCUCCUCUCCCCUGCCGUGCCGCAGUGCUCCUAGGGGUGUGCACCGACUGGCUGAGCAGGUGUCCCAGAGGACCACUGAAUAUUCCACACGAGUCUCUCGGGCAGCACCUCGCCUGCUAGGGCCUGAAAGGAUUGGUUGACAACAAGGCCUGAGAGGGGGAAGUGAAGCCUUUGGGGACAGGAAUAGCGGACAGGAUAACAGGGUGAUGCUGACCAGGAUGGAGGAACUUAAGCUGGCUGGCUUCCAAAUCAGGGAGCUGCCAGGACUUACUGAUGUUAGAACACAGAGGCCCCUGAACUUGAUACAUCACAUAAAGACCCCAGAUAUUAAUAGAGGAUCCUAUUACCACGUGUCUUUCUCCUUCAGUGUAUGAUAUGAUUUGUAAAUUCGGGUUUGAAGCCAGAGAAAAUUGUGAUAUCAGUAGUAUUGUAACUCAAAAUGGUGAAGUAUGCUGGACGACAAUUACAGACUGUGUGGUUUAUACAGAAUCAGCCCAGGGUCUGGAUUACGGGGGAAGCGUGAGGCUGCUGGGCCCUGUGUGCCAGGCUGUCCACUUCCAUUUGUCGUCUCUGACCAAGGGGCAGUUUGAAACGCGAUAUUCACCGGGGCUCCAGUGGACAGGUGUUCCAGAGUUAUUUCCUGAAAUGUUUGAUGCCUUGGGAAGUCUUCAAUCUCUUGCUAUUUCUCUUAGCUUAAUGAAGCUGACAUCAUGUCUGGAGCGAGCCCUGGCUGACGUGUAUUUACUGAUUGGGAAGGAAUGCCCCUUUCUUUUAAGAGAUCUGAUUGCAUCUGAGGAGCUCGCUCAAGUCUUUGGGCAGUCUGUGAUGGACGUGCUCAAGGUCUUCGUGGGCUCUCCGUGCGGACUCAACCUUCGCAACGUCCUGUGGCACGGCUUCGCGGCACCUCAGGAGAUUCCUCCAAAAUACUGUUCAAUGAUGAUAUUGUUGACAGCAGGAUUGGGUCAACUACUAAAGGGUUACCUUCAGCAAACUAAGUUCACAUUGGCACAUCGACCUUUCAUAACUCUUACAAGCUUAGAGGAUUUGAUCGUUUUCCCUGAUGUUACUUAUGAGGUACUUUCAGUAUUAGAAGAAGUGAUGAAGAAAUCCACUUUUAUACUGAAAAUCAUGUUGCCAUAUUGGGAAGUUGCAUUAAUCAAGUUCAAGUCUCACAGGUUUGCUGACUGUGCCAUAUUGUUAUUGGUGCAACUAGAGACUGGACUUAGGAAAGUUUUUGCCACAGUUAACAAAUGUCCAAAGAGACUUCUGACUGCUGAGUCAACAGCUCUUUAUACUACCUUUGAUGAGAUAUUGGCAAAACACUUGAAUGAUGGUAAAAUCAAUCAACUUCCUCUUUUCCUUGGAGAGCCUGCAAUGGAAUUUCUCUGGGAUUUCCUGAACCAUCAGGAAGGUCCCCGUCUAAGAGAUCGUUUAAGCCAUGGGGAAAUCAGUUUACCUGAAUUUCCGAAAGAAGCAGCCAAUCAGUUGCUUGCAUUUUCCUUUGUACUUUUACUCAGAUUUAUUGAUGAAGAUCUAUUAUCAGUGUUUAAGCAGGAAAAAGCAGCAGUGAGAGCAUUGGUGAGCGUUGCAGAAGCCUACAGCGCUCGCUGCCAUCCAGUUUCUCAGCUUAAAAAACAGGUGCUGAGCUGUGAGAGGAGCAUCGGAGUUUGGCCGCUGCUGCCUUUGCCUGAAGGAUCCGAAAGGGAGGCUCAGCGAUCAGAAGGUAAUUCUGAAAUAAAUGCCUGCCACUCUUUAAUCACAGAAAUCGUGGCUGAGCUGUGUCACCAUGUGCCCGAGACCCACCAUGUUCCUCACGACUCAGAGCACCUCCCUCCUGAGAAGUGGCCCCAGCUGCUCCGUGAGCUCUGCAGCAUCCCUGUCCGGACCCUGUUCUGCCCCAGAGCCGUUCUGGAGGUGCUGGCCGUGCUCCGGAAGAUCGGCGCCCACUGCCGCCGCGUGUGUGGCCAGGUGGCCGCCUGCGCGGAGCUGAGGCGCCGGCAGUGGGAGGACAGGAGCCUGCGCUCCCGGCAGCGGCGGAACUACCUGCGCCUCGUUCACAGUAUUAAGCUUCUGUCUUCUAUGCUUUACCUGAUUUUAUUGCUGAUUGCACUGGAAUUGGUCAACAUUCAUGUGGUUCUUGGGAAAAAUACUUCAGAAUAUCAGCAGUAUCUAAGGUUCUUAAAGUCCGUCUUGCAGUACACAGAGAACCUGGCGGCUUACACCAGCCAAGACAAGAACAAGUGGGAUGAAGCUGUCAAUCUCACACAGGCGGCCUUGUUGAAAAUUUGGACUUUUAGUGAGAAGAAACAAAUGUUAAUACAUUUAGCCAAGAAAUCCACGAGUAAAGUAGUCUAAUAAGUCAGGAUGCUUUGGGAUCUAUCAGAAAACCCGACCUGAGUAGACUACAGCAUGUGAGUUGAAAAUCCAAAGGCAGGGUGGAUUCCAGGUACUGCUUGAUCAGGGCACAAGGUCCUUUGCUCUGCAGUUUCCUGAUUUGCUUUUCCCAAGUUGUUGGUGUGAACCUCAGGCUGAAUCCCUGGGAACUAAAUGGGCGUAGCAGUUUUGGGCCUCAUCUCCCAAUGCAUACUGUCCAGAGGAGAGAUUUUUCUCACCCAGCUGUCACCCAGGAAUGGGUGGCUUCAUCUUACUGGCCACAGGCCUAAUCUUGAAACGAUGGCUGUGGCCAAGACCCUGCCCUGCACUCACCAGUCAGGCUGGGUGGACGUCUACUCCUGGAUCGGCCACUGGGGCUUAGAGGGAGGGCUUGGGCUGGUCACCCUUGUCCCUGGAGCUGAGAGGCUGAUAAUGAUUCAGAUCUCGAGGGAGAGGGUUGGGGAGGAACAGCUUCUGGAAGGUGCUGGGUAGCAAGCCUAAUGGUCAGCACGUCCCCGGGUUUCCAGGUCUGGCAGGUUUAGUGCAGGAACCAGGAGGGCGGAGGAGUGAGGGCCAGGGCUGCAGCCGGAAGAGCCGGGUCAGCCCUCGCAGGAGGCCCUGGGUGGCCACUGCAGGAAGCUUAUCCGCUUAGGUGGCAGCAGCAAGGCUGUGGUUCUCCAGGAACCCCCGCAGGGCUGCCCCCAACCCCAGUCUGUGUGUGCUCGGCUGCACCCACCUGUUGUGAUGCACAGCCUCCUCCAGGCUUGCUGGCAGGUCUGGCCUGCCAGGAAGGACUUCCCACAGCCUGUCCUGGCUUCUCAGCUGUCAGAGAUGAGCGUGGAGGCCGCCGUGGGGUAGGUGGGGCCGUUUAACAACAGCCAUCCGUGUUCCAUCUGUCGCUUCAUCAGCCCAGUACCUGCAACUCCCUUGUAAAGUGAACUUGUGGGUAAAGACAGUGAAACCUGCUUCUGCCUGAUGUGAUGCCAGAUGCCCACGUUGACUGUCCACCUCUGGAGGAGGUGCUCCUAUGGUCGGUCAUGGUCGGUCACGGGUGUGGGCUCGAAGGCUUAACCACUCCUAACACUCCUGGUGUUGGCGCUGGAACGGGCAAGGGGGAAAAUGGACUGAUCUGUACUAUCACCAAGCCAGUGCAGGAUCUGUGGAGCCCAGCGGCUGCUGGGUUGGCAGAAACUCAUGUUAAAUGCUGCUGCUCUACAGCUCAUCGCGUUCCUUUGCCCUCAUCUGCCCACCUCUGUUGGUUGUGGGUCUUCACCUGGUAGGUUGACCCAAAUCUCACUCUUGAAAGGGCUUUCCCGCUAGAAAUCUUCCUAGUUUUGGUAACUUGUUUUCUGUUGACUUUUAUCCCUGGAAAUGGGCAUCCUUUCCCAUGGGCCCCCAAGUCCCCGCCUGUGGCCGCAGCCCUGUCCCCAGGGGUGUGGGGGGCGGUCACCCCCAUUACAGUCGGCCCCUCUCGGUCCUUUGGUUCCGUGGCACAAGGCCAGCACUGCGGGCGGGCCCUCAGCCCUUCUGUGUAAGGGCUGCCUUGGGGGCCUAGCCUCCCCACAAGCCGUGGCUCCGAGGGGCUCACAGGGCUGCUCCCCCCUCAUCUGCUUCCUUGAUCGACCAUGUGUCCUGGUGGCUCAGAGAGGAGGGUGCCUGUCGGGUGGGCAGCAGCCCCAGGCGUCCCCGUCUCUGCCACGUCCUCCAGGGGCUGCUCGUGGGGCUGGAGCGCGUGCUGAGGUCUUGGAAGUGGUGCCGGGAGAGCCACCCAGCAGAUAAGGCUUCUGUGCCGUGGUGAUGGGGGUGGGGGUCACUGAUGUCCACAGUCAGGUCACCGUGUCACCUGACGCCAGCGGUGGGCACUCUCGUGGGACAGACGUCAGCAUGCUGUGCACUCACCUCCUCCUCACGCCCACGAACCACUCUGAUACCUCUGGCCCUCAACUUCCGGUCUCGUUGCUUCCAGGCCCCUAACCACCUGGCCACACUUACCAGUUGCUUCCUCCGUGUAGACCCACCCUCACGGCCAUGGGUCCUUCCCGGCGCUUGACCUGCCCCCCGAGACAGUGGGGGGGCUGCCCUUGAGGCUGUAACACUACAACUUUCUCCUUUAGGUGGUGUCAGUGGAUUUUGCAGAAAUCAAACAACUCGUACUUGGGGCAACGGGCCGUAGGAAGCUCUCCUUAAGCCUGUGGGCACACAACGA